CGCCGCUGUAGCGGGUCGAGGCGGGGCGGCCGGCGCGCGGAGCGGUCUCGCUGUGCGUCUCCGGCGGUUUUUCGCGUCGGUUUGCAGCGCGUCUGUGAUGGCGGCGGCGGCGGCUGAGGAAAGCCCGAGUGUGGCCGCGCUAGCCAUGUCCGUUCCCGACAGCACUGGCGGGUCUCCCGAGGCCGAAGGAGGAGUCGGAGCAGCGGGCGAAGAGAAGGACGCAGCCACUCAGGGAACGGAGGUCGUUGGGGAUAGCGAGGAGGAUGGGGACGACGUGUUCGAGGUGGAGAAGAUCCUGGACAUGAAGUGCGAGGGAGGUAAGAACCUUUAUAAAGUUCGAUGGAAAGGAUAUACAUCUGAUGAUGAUACCUGGGAGCCUGAGGUUCAUCUGGAGGACUGUAAAGAAGUUCUUCUUGAAUUUAGGAAGAAACUUGCCGAGAACAAAGCUAAGGCAAUAAAGAAAGAUAUUCAGAGACUGUCUUUAAACAGUGACAUAUUUGAGACACUCUGUGAUAGUGACCAGCAGAGUGACACAAAAGAAGACACUUCACCAAGGAAGAAAAAGAAAAAAAUUAAGUGCAAAGAAGAGAAAAGUCCAGAUGAUCUGAGGAGAAAAAAAACAAAACUGGGAAAACUGAAAGAUAAGUUCAAAUCAGAGCUGGAGAGCACCUCUGAAAACUUAGGUUUUGAUGUAAGGACAAAGAAAAGGAUUUUGGAAGUCAAGGAAGAAUUGAAGGACUCCAAAAAGCCCAAAAAGGAUGAAAUAAAGGAAACCAAGGAAUUAAAGAAAGCUAAACGGGCUGAAAUAAGAGAUUUAAAGUUUAAAAUAAGAGAGGAUGUCAAGGACAACCGGAAACCAAAGAAAGAGAGGCACAUGGAAUCCACGCUGGAGUCUGAGUCCCCCGGACCUGACGAGCCCCUCCUUCCAGAGGGUGAUGGGGAGGACCUCCUUUCUGACAACAGAGAAGAGACUCCAAGGAUGAAAGCAGGACAGGACACAGUGCAAGAGGGCAUUUUUGAGAAACAUCUGGAUAGCCUUGUUAGUCCUGAAGAGCAUACUGGUGUCAGAGUCAGAAGGAAGAAGAAAAAGCCAAGGAAGUUUGAGGACCCAAAAGAAACCAAGAAGCUAGAAAACACAAAUACUUUUUCAGAAAGGAAAAUGACACCUAAAAAGCAAAGGGGUCAGGACAAGGGCCGAAGUAACCUUGAGUUACUAAGUAAGUUACCGUCACCUGUGUCUGCCCAGGCCCUGAAGAGUUCCAACCUGACUGGGGAAGAGAAGGGCCUACGGGCCCCUGACUCAGCAGAGGAGGAGAAAGAGACAAAAAAAAAUGAACCCAAAGAAAAAUACCAGAAAAGGUAUGAUUUGGACAAAGAAGAAAAAUGCCGAAAAGAGCCAAAGGGAUUAAAAUCAUUUAAGGAAAUCAGAAGUGCAUUUGAUUUAUUUAAAAAAACAGAAGACAAAAAUGAUGUUCUUGAGAAUAAUUGGAAAAGAGAAGAAACCCCCGUGGAUUAUAAAACUACAGAUGAUCACAAAACCAAGGACAAGUGUUCACUUAAAGAAAGAAAUACUAGAGAUGAGACGGACACUUGGGCAUACAUUGCUGCAGAAGGGGAUCAGGAAGUUUCAGACAGUGGAUGCCAAACGGACGAGAAUUGUGAUGGCAGGCAACAGAUUUUGAGUUUGGGUAUGGACCUACAGUUGGAGUGGAUGAAAUUAGAAGAUUUUCAAAAGCAUCUAGAUGGGGAAGAUGAGACCUUUACCACAACAAAUGCAAUUCCAAGUAAUUUAUUGAGGGAUGCUGUGAAAAAUGGCGAUUAUAUUGGUGUGAAGGUUGCACUGAACUCCAGUGAAGAUUAUAACUUAGAUCAAGAGGACUCUAGCGGGAUGACGCUGGUGAUGCUGGCUGCAGCAGGAGGGCAAGAUGACCUGCUGAGACUCCUCAUCACCAAAGGUGCAAAAGUGAAUGGGCGUCAGAAAAACGGGACCACAGCCCUCAUUCAUGCCGCUGAAAAGAAUUUUUUAACCACUGUGGCUAUUCUUUUGGAAGCUGGAGCUUUUGUAAAUGUCCAGCAAAGCAAUGGUGAGACUGCACUCAUGAAAGCAUGUAAAAGAGGAAACUCGGACAUUGUGCGCCUUGUGAUUGAAUGUGGAGCUGACUGCAAUAUUUUGUCAAAGCACCAAAAUAGUGCAUUGUACUUUGCAAAACAGUGUAACAAUGUGCUUGUGUACGAACUGCUGAAGAGCCAUUUGGAAACACUUUCAAGAGUUGCAGAAGAAACAAUAAGGGAUUACUUUGAAUCUCGCCUGGCUCUUUUGGAGCCUGUUUUCCCAAUAGCCUGUCAUCGGCUCUGUGAGGGACCAGACUUCUCAACAGAUUUCAAUUACAAGCCCCCUCAGAACAUACCAGAAGGUUCUGGUGUCCUGCUCUUUAUUUUCCAUGCAAACUUCUUGGGUAAAGAAGUUAUUGCUCGGCUCUGUGGACCAUGCAGUGUACAAGCUGUAGUUUUAAAUGAUAAAUUUCAACUUCCUGUUUUUCUGGAUAGUCACUUUGUUUACUCAUUCAGCCCUGUGGCCGGCCCCAAUAAAUUGUUUAUCAGGUUGACAGAAGCACCCUUUGCCAAGGUUAAGUUGCUAAUAGGUGCAUACAGAGUGCAGCUGCAUUGACCACAGGACUGCAACUGUGUAGCAGUUUGGAAUUCUGGUGUACUGAAAUGUUCAGAUGUAGUUUUCCCUGUAAACUUGCAAUUUACACCUGUUGCCUGGUAAGGUACAACAGGGGCUUCACCAUACAUACUCUACACGUGUUUGUGCCAUUGUUCAAAAUGUUCAAUGUUCUGCAUACUUUUAUUUCCACAAUGUGGAACAGUACAUAUGAGAACUAUUUAAUUAAAAACUUUUGAACUUGAAA